AUGUUCCGCCCAGCCGAGGAUCACAUGCAGCGCAUGGCGGGCUACCACAUGCAGCGCGGCGCCGUACAUGAUAUGGGCAUGAUCCUCCGCAUGGAGGAAGAGCAGAUCCUCAUGAGGCAGAUGCAAGAGAUGGAGAUGAUGCAGAUGCAGGCCAUGGGUGGCAUACCAUCUUACGGGGACGGGCAGUGGGCCUCCCCGCAGCGAAGCCCGUGCAGCCUACCGGGACCCACUGGAUCUGUCAGUUUACCGGACACUAUGCCGAGCUCGGCUGUCCAGCCUCCAGCGGCCUUCGCCGGCAGCGUGUCUAUCUCGCCUCAGUCGGCGGCCAAUCCGGCGAGCAGAGGCGAUGCGAGCAGCCCAUCUCCGACAAUGAAUGCUGCCAGCCGCGGCGCUGGCCUUGAUGAUGCGCCAUCUCCUCGGGCACUCUCCUCCGCCUACGCGCCGAAAGGCCUCUACAACACGACGCCGUCCACGAAUGACGCCAAAGGUCCCGCCUCGGCGCCAGAUGCAAUGUACAAUGUCAGCAGCAUGUACGGUGGCAACCCCAGCGCCUAUGCUCCGGCAUUCACGGAUGGCGGCCUCAACGAGAAUGGCGCCAGCGCUGUCGGCUACUCCAUGUACGACGCAAACGACGCUAGCAGCAUGUACCAGGAACCAUCGCCGUCUUCGGAUGCGACUAACGCGAGCACCGCGAAGACCGCCCCUGCUGCUGGCACUCCCGCUCCUGGAAACACUUCGAAGGCAGUCACACCGGCGCUGCAGCGCAAGUCGUCGACCACUUCCCUCCAAAAGAAGAGCUCCACAGCCAGCGUAAACCAGAACGACAGCACCUCCACCUCGACGACGCACCGCAGCCGCGCGAUUCGCCAGAAGAACAGCGAGCUGAAGCGGCAGCACUCUGGUGGUAUCAUCAACGGCGGCUCCUCCAGCCGCCCCGCCUCCGCAGAAAAGGAGCGCACAUCCUCAGGGCACAAGAAUACACGCCGGCGGCCCGCAUCGUCCUCUGCCAGGGACAAGGGCAAGAAGCGCCACUAG